GCUCCCUGAAGCCGGGCGAGUGAUGCUCCUUCCCUCUCACAGAGCAAAGCAGAAAGGUACGCGAACGCCGUUUGCUUGAGAAUCUGUGUCAGCUUUCCUCGUAAUUAAAAGUCUGGCAGGAGCCAACGCAACAGUCAUUUUGGAGAUGACGCCUCCAGUUUGGAGCUGACAGGGAGCCGGGGUGCUGCAGCAAGGGCUCGGUGCUGGGGACGCAGGGAUGUUCUCCGGCUGAAUGGGGCAGGGGGACCCACAAGGAGCCUGGCGCAGGAGCAGAGGCUUUGGCAGCCAUCCCCAUCCCAGGGAGCUGGGGAGCGUGUCCCAAGGAUUGGCUGUGCCGGCCUGGCAGCCGCAGGAUGGGCAGCUGCCCUCAGCGGGGCAGUGGGAAGAUGAGCAGAAGCAUAGCCCAUCUCCUGGCUGCUCUGUUCAUGGCGGUGACAGCAGUGGUAGGAUACCCAUCACGGCGCUCUGCCACCGACCUGGAUGCCACCCCCAGGACAACAGUCACCUUUGAGGAGCUGUUGGGCGUCCGGCGCUUCAGAGCGCGCACCCUCAACUACAGCACCCUGCUGCUGGAGGAUGACCGCGGCAUCCUCUAUGUGGGGGCCAGGGGAGCCAUCUUCGCCCUCAACUCCAGCGACGUGGCCGACGGCUCCCACCGCACGAUCCAGUGGGAAGCCUCCCCAGAGAAGCAGAUGGACUGCCUGCAGAAGGGCAAAAACAACAAGACCGAGUGCUUCAACCACGUGCGGUUUCUGCAGAGGCUGAACAGCACCCACCUCUAUGCCUGCGGGACCUAUGCCUUCCACCCCCUCUGUGCUGCCAUCGAUGCCAACAGAUUUACAUUGCCAUCACAUUUUGAGGAGGGCAAGGAGAAGUGCCCGUACGACCCUGCUCGUGGCUACACCGGCCUCAUCGUGGAUGGUGGGUUGUACACGGCCACACGCUACGAGUUUCGGAGCCUCCCUGACAUCAGGAGGAACCUGCACCAGCGGCCGCUGAAGACAGAGGAGUCCCCACUGCACUGGCUGAACGAUGCUGAGUUUGUGGCCUCAGUGCUGGUCCGGGAGAGCAAGGACAGCCCUGUAGGUGACGAUGACAAAAUCUACUACUUCUUCACGGAGUGGGCAGGCGAGGAGACCACAUCCUUCUUUGACAAGAGCCAGGUGGCCCGAGUAGCCCGGGUGGCCCGUGUCUGCAAGAGCGACGUGGGAGGAAAGAAGAUCCUGCAGCGCAAGUGGACAUCCUUCAUGAAGGCACGCCUGGUCUGCUACAUCCCCUACUACGAGGUGCUGCGCAGUGUCUGCAGCCUGGAUGGAGGCAGCUGGGCCAGCACCGUUUUCUAUGCCGCCUUCACACUUUCGGCACAGUGGAGGACCAUGGAGGCUUCGGCUGUGUGCCGCUACAGCAUCUCAGCAGUGCAGCGUGCCUUCGAGGGCCCCUACAUGGAGUACCAGGACUCAGCUCGCAAGUGGUCCCGCUAUGAUGGUGCAGUGCCUGAGCCCCGACCUGGCUCCUGCAUUACGGACCGCUCCCGCAGGAAAGGCUACAACUCCUCGCAGGACCUGCCCAACAGUGUCCUGGACUUUGUGAAGCUGCACCCGCUCAUGUUUGAGGAGGUGAAGCCGGCUGGUGGGGAACCGCUGCUGGUGAAGAAGAGCGUGGUGUACAGCCAGCUGGCUGUGGACAGGGUGUGGGCCCUUGACGGCCACUCCUACGACGUGCUCUUCAUGGGGACGGGGGACGGAUGGAUCCACAAGGCUGUGGUGGUGGGCUCCGGCAUCCACAUUGUGGAGGAGAUGCAGGUGUUUAAGGACCCGCAGCCUGUGGAGAGCCUGGUGAUCUCCCAUGCCCAGAGGAGCCUGUAUGUGGGGGGAGCCACCGGGAUCCUGCAGGUGCCCCUGGCCUCCUGCAGUAGGUACACCUCCUGCUACGACUGCAUCCUCACCCGGGACCCCUACUGCGCCUGGGAUGGCAGGUCCUGCCGUGCCACUGCCACCACAGACAGGGCAGGGCUGGUGCAGGACAUUCAGAGUGGCAACGAGGGAUGCCGGAGCAGCUCCGCGCGGGUGCUUGUCCCCACAGGCUCUCUGCCGUGGAAGAACCGGACAGUGCUGCAGGGGGAUGAUGUGCUGCUGCCCUGCGACCAGCGCUCCAACCUGGCACGAGCCGUCUGGCUGCUGAACGGCAGCGAGGCGCUGGACGCGGGGCAGGACCGGCUGCGCAUCGGGGUGGACGGGCUGCUGGUGACAGACACACUGCCCCAGCACAGCGGCGAGUACCGCUGCUACGGCGAGGAGCGCGGUCUCCGGACGCUGCUGGCUGCCUACAGCCUCACUGUGCUGCCCGAGCUGCCCCGCAGCCCCACGGCCGCCUCACAGCCUCAUGCUAUCAGCCAGGUAGCCAGCGACAUGAAGGUGGCUUAUGUCUCUGCCAUCGUCGCUCUGGUGGUGCUGUGCGCCGUGCUCAGCACCGUCCUCCUCUAUGUGUCUUGCCUGGAGAAGCGCAAAGGCAAGUAUGUGCUGGGGGAUCCGCGGCCAGCCAGUGUGGAGCUGCAGACCGUCUCAGCCAACUGCCUGCGCAAGGGCCACCGGGAAGAGGAGGAAGAGCUCGCCUACCCCGAUGGCUGCCUGCGGAUCAUCCCUGGCGAGGCACCCACGGCUGCCACAUCCCCGGUGAAGGAGCUGCCGGCUGCCGUGCCCCCGCUGCCACCGCCGCUGCCGGCCGAGCUCACCAACGGCGUGGGGACUCUGCCCAACGUGCUCCGCAAGAUGAAUGGGAACAGCUACAUGCUGCUGCAGCAGCAGGAGGAGCCGCUGGUCUCACCGCUCUACAGCGCAUCCUUCACCGAGGAGCUCAGCAAGAUCCUGGAGAAGCGGAAACACACGCAGCUGGUGGAGAAGCUGGACGAGAGCUCCGUGUAGGGGCUGGGGGGGGGUCCUGCCAGCGGGACCCUCCUCCCCUCCAGCCCCUUGUCCCGCCCCCUGUCAACAGUGUUACAAGACUCAAGCAAAACUACCUCCUGGAUGGCACAGCCGGGUCAGGCCUGGGCUCAUCCGUUCCUUUGGCUUUUCUCCGACUUUUGAGACUCGCUGUACAGAAAAAAGAAUCUAUUUAAAUUUGGAGCUCUAUUUAUGUAUAAAAGCCCACUGACGGUGGCCACAAGCUGGAGGCAGGAGCUGGCACCUGGCUGAAGGUGGACCCUGGGGGGAGGGAGAGUUUUGUCUGUCCGUCUGUCCAGGUGUGAGACAGAGAUGCUGUUGUGGACUUGGCCUGCCCUGCUGGGUGUCCCUCGACUGCUGAGAGGUGGGUGAGGAGCAAGGAGCGGGGCUGGGGGCUCCUCAGCUUUCUGCUCACAGGAGAGGGGCUGUGGACACAAGUCACACUGUUGGGGGUGGCCCUGGUGGCUGCCAGCCCCUGCCCGCUCUCCCACAUCUGCCCCCAGGGAUGGCUCCAGGAAGAGGACAGUUCAGUGAGUGUUGGAGCUGAUGUCCAGAAUGUCCUGGAGCAGCUGGUGGAGCGGUGUGUGCCUGCUGUGAGAGGAUACAGGGCACUGCAGAAGAGCAGGAUGCAGCAGCAGCAGGACACACUGGCAGCAGGACUGGCAACCAUGGCUGCGCCCUGAGGUCUGGCAGGGGACUUAUUGCAGCACCGAUAUUCCCCACAGCAUCUGCAGUGCCCCUGCGGCCCCAUGUUUCUGCCCUCCUGCAUGGUGCUGCUGGAGAACUGGGGUUCAGGCACAGCCCUGUCCACCACGGGACAACAUAUGUGGGAAGAGAAACAUCCUCACAGAGCAAGGAGUCCUGGACAAGGCAUCUCCCACUGGGGCCUCCUGCCCUUCAUGGCACUUUCAAGGGGCAGCCACUAUCCCUAAAUCCCCCCAACUACCUCUCUCCUGCCACCUCCUGGGGGAACCUGAGGAACUGGAGUGGCAAAAGCAUGUCCCAUUGUUGGGACAGGUCUGUGACAUUGGAGAAGCUGGGAAGGGAGAGACUUGUUGAGGUGCAUGACCUCUCUUCUGUGUUCCUUGCUGGCAGUGCCAGGAUCAGGACAUCACAUGGAGCUCAGCCCAGCAGGAGGCAGGAACAGGGUGGCAGUCCUUGGCGUCCCCAGCAGGCUGGAGCCCAGGCCCCCCUGCCCCAGCAGGGUGAGGUGCAGUGGGAAAAGGCAAGAGCCAAAUGCCCGCAUUCCCCCGUCCUGCCCCAACCCUUGGUUUUGCUGCAAGGUGGGACCAAGCCACCCCCAAGCACCCACCCUCUGCAAGGAGGGGCAUCACCCUCCAUGUCUGGCACCCCUCAUGCACAGCCCCAUGUGGCCCCUGGCAAUAAACACGGCUCUGUCUGGAA